AUGUCGUCGUCUGACAAGGAACGCCCCAACGACCGCCACAUCGAGGCGACUCUUGAUAGCCACGGCCUCAAGACAGUCACCGACGAAGAUGGCAAUAUUCGCCUUGCGGCCGGCAACGGCCAGGUCGCAACCGAUCAGUACGGAAACCCCCUGAUCGAGUUUGAUCCCGUGGCUGUGAAGAAACUGCGUUGGAAGCUCGACCUCAUGACCGUCCCGACCGUCUCCUUCCUCUACCUGUUCUGCUUCAUCGACCGCGCCAACAUUGGCAACGCACGCAUCGCCGGCAUGGAAAAGGACCUCGGGUUCCAGGGCUACGACUACAACGUUGUCCUCUCCGUCUUCUACAUCUCGUACAUCAUCUUUGAGAUCCCCGCCAACAUUUGCUGCAAGUGGAUGGGCCCCGGUUGGUUCCUGCCCGCCACGUCCCUCGCCUUUGGCGCCAUCUCCAUCGCCACCGGCUUCGUUCAGUCGCAGGCUGCCCUCUGCGGUGUGCGCUUCCUUCUCGGCAUCUUCGAGGCUGGCAUGCUGCCUGGCAUCGCCUACUACCUCUCUCGAUGGUACCAGCGCGCCGAGCUGACCUUCCGUCUUUCGCUCUACAUGGUCAUGGCACCCCUCGCCGGUGCCUUUGGUGGCCUGCUCGCCUCCGCCAUUCUGACGCUUGACCACUUUGGCUCUCUUCACACCUGGCGCAUGAUCUUCGCCAUCGAGGGCAUCAUCACCGUCGGCCUCGCUCUCAUCGCCUUCGUCACCCUCACCGAUCGCCCUGAAACCGCCCGCUGGCUGACCCAGGAAGAGAAGGACCUCUGCAUUGCCCGCCUCAAGGCCGAGCGUGUCGGUGCCACCGAGGUCCUCGACAACCUCGACCGCAAGCGCCUGUGGCGCGGCAUGACCAGCCCCGUCACCCUCCACAUCGCCGUCAUCUUUUUGUUCAACAACAUCACCGUCCAGGGCCUCGCCUUCUUCCUGCCGACCAUCGUCCGCACCAUCUACCCCGAGUACACCGUCGUCCAGCAGCAGCUCCACAGUGUCCCACCCUAUGCUGUGGGCGCCGUCUUCGUGCUCGCCUUCCCCGCCCUCAGUUGGUAUCUCGACCGCCGCCAAGUGCUCAUUGCCUUGAGCGCGCCCCUCGUCAUGACUGGCUACAUCAUGUUCCUCGCGUCCGAUACGGCUACCAUUCGCUAUGCCGCCACCUUCCUCAUCGCCAGUUCGGCCAUGGUCAUGGGACCCAUGUCCAAUGCGCACAUCAGCGCCAACGUUGUCAGCGAUACGGCGCGUAGCAGUGCCAUCGGUUUGAACGUCAUGUUCGGCAACGUCGGUGGCCUCAUCUCGACCUGGAGCUACCUCGUCAAGGACGCGCCCAACUUCCCCAUCGGCAACGGCCUCAACUUGGCUGCGGCGACCAUGAUUCUGAUCAUUGCUACGGGCGGUUGGUUCUGGAUGAAGUGGGAUAACAAGAAGAGGGAUGGCCGCAAUGUGGAAGAGGAGCUUGCAGGCCUCUCGCCUGGGCAGGUGUCCGAUCUCGACUGGAAGCAUCCUGGUUUCCGCUGGAGGACGUAA